GCCUCAACCUAGCGGCCGAGCGCCAUCUUGGAGGAAGUUGUUUCCCGGGAACCGGCGGUGUGUGACUCUCGACUGGCGAGGCAUGGCUUACAGUCCAAUCUUUGAUGCUGGAUUGCCGUUUUGAAAACUUCAACUAAAAGUAGCUGUCUGUUACUUUGAAAUCGAACAAUCGAACCCUGCCUUCUCCAUGCUAGCACUUCGUACCAGAAAAUUGCCAGUAAUGGUGGAUUCCACGGACCAAAAACCCAAUUGUAUAUCAGCAGGACAGAGUGACAAUGAAAGUAAUGUGGAUACCUCCUUGAAAGAAAAGAAAGCUGAAGAAGAUUUGAAAGGUGUAACUGAAGAAUGUCCAGCUGGAGUUUCUCUGCAACUGUGGAAAAAAUUCCAGGAAUUGAAAGAUAGAAGGAGUUCCAUAACUAAAGCCGCUUUUAAAAAGAAGAGUCGAUGGAAGCGAAAAGCUGCUGGUACAGACCCGACAAAAGUAGAAACAAACGAUGAGAAAUCUUCCAUUAAAAUGAAGAAAUUCGAGCAAGAACAGAAAAUUGAGAAUAAAAGUGAUGUGUUGGAUGCCCGAGAGUCACACUGGAGUGAACUAAAACAAUAUUUUGGAACAAAUGACAGAUUUGAGAUUCCUGCAUGUAGUGCACCUCCUUUAAAGACAAAUUUAGAGAAAAACCUUGACAAGGCCAUUGCUACAGGGGAUAUAGAAGAAGCAGAGAAGCUGAGUGACAGCCUAGCUGUUCGUAGGCUGGGUGUGAAAAUUGCCAAGGCCAUCAAAUGUCGUGAUUUUGCAAAAGUCAAACAAGAGACUGAAGCUUCUCAGCAGGCCCAAAAGAAGAAGCAACUUGCUUGGGGAUUUGAGGCGAAGAGGAGAUGGGAGACAAAAAGUAACAUGGGCUACAUGUGAUGUCAUGACACCAUACGAAAAUGAAGUGGCCAAUGAAAUGUAUUGAAACAGGUUCUCUGCCGAAUCACUUGACCUGUACUUGCACUUUAAAUCCAAUCUUGAUGAAGUCAUCUGGAAGCACUUUACAAGAGCAUAACAAUGGCUGUGUCCUGCUGUUUUCAUAACUACACAUUAGCUGAUUGUGAAUGACCAGCCUUCAUAACAGCCUUCAGUGUCUAAAAUUCGAACACAGUCAAGGAGAUUGGAUGAAGAUUUUGAUGUAAAUAAAUAAUUUUGAGCAAGCCCUGGCAUACCUUCUGAUGGAACAAAUACGUACAACAGUGCACAGUGUUUCAGCUUGUAAUCCUACAAGCUGAAACACUGAGAGUGCUCUAUUUAUACCAGGAAAGCUAUAAAUUCAAGUCCUCAGAUUUGCUGUCAUUUGGAAGCUCCUGCCUUUGUAAGGUGAACUUUAUUUGUUCUUGCGCUGCCACAUCAUCAAAAUCCUAUCUGAGCAAUGAAAAGCAAAUAUAUUCUGGUCCAACUUCCACCUUUCCACGCCCCCAUCUUUCAGUUUAAGUCACAUUCACGCAGCUCAGAGGGUCACUGUGCUACAGUUUAACUUGCAGACAAGCUGUAGGGAAUAUAUUUGUAUUAUUUAAUUGCUCCAAUGUUAGCCAUCUGUUGAUAGCAUUCAGUAUUUCAGCAGGAUCAGGAUUGAACAGAAUUCAUAAUCUCAAUCUUUUGUGACAUCAUCACAUUUUGUUGAUCUGAUUUCAUUUUUGACAAUAUUCUAUUUGCUUGUAAAUUAGAAGCAACAGAUUGCAUAUGUAGACUGCAUCAUUUAGGUAUUUUACUAAAACCAGAUGUCUGAUAACAACUUUGAGAGGUUUUACUUGCCUAGAAUCUAGAUGUUUUCUGUCGAAAUUGAAAUGAUUAAAUUCAUAUAGAUUUAUUAUUAAGGUGUGGAAUACUGAUGCAAAAUAAAAUGGAAUAUUUUCACUUUGGCAUUCAAUGUUAGCCAAAUGAAAAAGAGUUCUUCUACUGUGUUACAACCCAAUCCCCAAAGUUAGAACAGCACAGCAAUAAUCACAUUUUCUGAAUCAGCUAACCUUAAUCCCACUUUGUAACUUAGGAUGAGAGUUCAUUACAAAUGGUGACUGAAUGCUUCAUUGUCAGAGAUGCCAUCCUUAAAAUGAGAUGUUAAAUAAAUUCUGUGUUCAGAUGAACAUAAACUAUCCCAUGACACUGUCCAGUUAGAAUAGGGAAUUCUGAUAAUGUCCAGACACUAUUCCUUAACUAAUAUGUGGAAAGCAGUUAAACACGUGAUUUAUCUUUUGUUGUUUUAGGGAUCUUUUUUGUUAAAAAAUUGCAGUUAUCAAAAACUGCAGAAAUAAUUUUCAAAUGUGUCUUAAUGUCUCAGAUUGCUAAUAUCUGAAGUUUUUCAAUUACCUUCACUGCUAAACAUAAGUCUUCAUUGAUCUGUGAUCAAAAUUUUUUAAAAUUUUCCUUUGAGUGCAGCCUGUUUGUUGUACUGUGCAGCCCCUUUAGAAUUGCUGCAUUAAGACAACGUGUGCACCUUGCCUGGUGAUGUUGGGUUGUAUGUAACCUGCUAUAUUACACAGUUAUAUCUGGAUUGAUCUGCAGUCGUGCUCCCACACGCUUAAAAGCAACAUUUUCCAUGAUGUCUAUGGUUGUCAAAUCUAGCCAGAUGAUGUUGGAAAUUUUUAAAUUGCUGAUGUUUGUGAAACUUCAUAAUAGCAUGCUUAAAUGAGCCUUAAAUUUGAAUCUCUACUGUGCAGUUCAUGGCUACCUCGGGGAUGGAGGGAAAAACACAAUUAUUCUAAUUUUUUGACAAGACACCAUGUGGAUGGGAGAUAUUCCAUUUAGGAGAGAAUAGGAAAGAAUUGCAGAUAUCAGUCAUUUUUUAAAUAAUACUGUCUUCUUGGUUAUCAAAUAUCAGCAUAAACAAGCAAUAACACACUGCAACACCCCUGAGCUGCACAAAAAUGAAGAGAAACACCUGUACGAAAUCUUUACAAACAAUGGGUAUCCCAACAGCUUCGCCUGCCAAUGCCUGGCAAAUAAACAACACCAAGAAAACACUGUACGCCCCAAUACACUGGCAACCCUGCCCUAUGUUAGAAACACAUCGAAACUGACUACAGGGCUCCUACGACCUCUUAGAAUAAUGAUAGCGCACAAACCAACAGCCACACUUUGCCAGUUACUCUCAAAGAUGAAAAAUCCUAUACCCACCAUGAGCAGGACAAAUGUGAUAUACAAAAUACCAUGCAGCAACUGUGAGAAACACUACACAGGAUAGACGGGCAGGAAACUCACCACCAGGAUACAUGAACACCAACUCACAGCAAAACGGCAUGACCAACACUUCCUCAUUUCAAUACACUCCGACAUAGAAGGACAUCAGUUUAACUGGAACAAGCUAACAGUACUAGAACAAGCAAAAUGAAGACAAGCCCGAGAAUUCCUGGAGGCCUGGUUUUCAACCACUGAUGCGAUAAACAAACAUGUUGAAGUAGACCCCAUCUACGUGCCACUAUAGUACAAAACCAGAAGCAGGACUACCCACCAUGACAGUCUGGACCUUAUAAAUUCAGAGCGGGACAAAACGACAACACUUCAACAGAGGCUAGACAGCACUGAAGAUGUCACCUAGAAGGAAGAAGAAACGUUUGCAUGAAAACCAGUCAGCUCGGCGAACCAACCAACAACUCUAACCACAGCCUGAGCUACAGAUCUUCAUUAAAACAUCAGCAUUGGUGUAAGUGGGGACUGUGGCUUCCCAGAGGAUGAUGCCUGUUUGAGAGCAAUGUGCAGGGCAGUUUAGAAUGGGAGAAAACGGGAUGAGAAAUGUUUCCAAUAAAUGCUUUCUGCUGAAGUGAUCUGCUUGAAAGGAUUACACAUAGCAUUUUAUUUUCCAGAUAAUGAAAGACCUGGUAAUUUUAAUGUUGAGAUGUCUUGUUGAAACUUCCUGUCCAGUACAGGCAGUGCGUUCGGUUCUGAGGAUAACCACAUGAAGCCCCAAUGAUCCUUUGGAAUUCUGUUUCUGUUUCCUUUAUUAUUAUCUUAUAAAUAGGACAUAAGUCGACAAGAAGACUGUUGCAUAAUUACUAGUCAAAUUGACCUUACCUUUUGAAGGCAGCCUAAUAUUUUAGAAUUGAUUAGAAUCCCAGAAAACCUGCAAAAUAACCUGAGAUAACGUGCAAAACUAGUCUCUAGAAUAAGUUUUACUUUCUUAAGCCAUUUCAUGAACGAGUGCUUAAAAAUUGCUUUACAUGAAAUGUUUAAGACAGAUAAAAAUUAACAUUAAAAGUUCAAGAUUACAGGCAUCUUGACAGAUAAUGAAGGUCAAAAUUCUUGUCCUUUUAACUGUACAAAAAUUGCAGUGUACUUUCUACAUUGUACUUUUUGCACAGAAUACAUACAUUAAUUUUUCUGAAUGUAUAUUUCGACAAGAAAUAUACAAAGUGCCAGUAUUACUGAUAAAAUUAUGCAUUUCCUUACACAGAUGAGAUGAUAGUGACAGUAUCAUGAAGGUUGUGUGGAUUGAUCAAUGCAUUUUAGAGUAAUUAUUUUCAACUGAUUUAUUGUUAUAGGUACUCCAGUUUUUUUAAAAAAAUUAAACCCAGUUUAGAAUGCAGUCUGUGAUGAAUUACAUAGCAAAAUUACAUUUUUUUACACCCCAGGCCAUUUCUGAUCUUUCAGCACAAGACUGCAUUUUUCUUACAACGCUUGACAGCCUUCUGAAUUGCCAUCAAAAACAAGCAAUAAUUUAUGUUUACAAGUAGGAACUGCAGUAAAUAUGUCAUACAAUUUGAUGGGAAAAAGGAGACACAUUCAUGCAGUAAUUUCAAAUGGAAUCUUAAAGGUUCUUUUGAACAAGGUUUAAAGUAUGUUAGACUGUCUCUUUUCUUAUUUGACAGUUCUAAACUGAGGAUUUACUCCUAAUGUUCUAAUAACAUGCAGCAGCUUUAACUAUUAGGAUGUUCUUUUAUUGCUACAGAAC